AUGGCAAAAUGUUCCCUUCUCUUCAUCUUCUUUCUCCAAGGACUUCUUCCCCUCGUCCUUGGCCAACAGCGCGCAGCCGUCCCCUGGCGGCACCGCAUACAAUGGGCGACCAACGGGCAGGUUUACAGCUUAAUGAGCACGGGCUCAGAGUUCCAGGCUCCGGUUCGGUCCCGAGGACAGUCGAGGUUUUCUGUGAGCAGCAGGAAGGAUGGCACAGCCAGCAGAGCCGGACAGUCUGAGAGGACUGAUCAGCCAUCAGGGCGCACCGCUGGACAGCGCGCGUCAGGGAGCAUGCAGCAGCAUGAGCGCCCGUUUGGAGCAGGAGGGCGCAUUAACUCCUCUACAGUGGGAACUUUAACAGAUGUAUUAGGCAGAAGGGAAGCUGUGUAUCGUGUUGUAACCGGGGGUGAGGAACCAGGACUCGGCGCGCAAAAUCAUCCAUUACGCGCGGUGCCGGCUGGGAUGCUCGUCUCCAGGCAGACGGAUCAGUUCAUCCCACUUUAUCAUUCUGAACCUGGGGCUCUAGCUCCACUUCCUGCUCUGAGUGUGGAUGUUUCAAACGAGGCUGCUGCUGAUGAAGUGGGCAUGGUCAACGACGACCCUCGAAACCCGUUUAAAACUCACAGGAACUCCGUUUUCUACAACAUGUAUCCCAGCAGAGGUGUGCCAGUGGCCCGCACGCCUGGCUCGGGGUAUGGAACAAGGUAUUUCCAAAAUGGACUUCCAGACCUCAUUCCAGACCCGUAUGCCAUCCAGGCAGGUGCUUACGUCCAACGCAUGCAGAUGUACGCACUCCGCUGUGCUGCAGAAGAAAACUGUCUGGCCAGGUCUGCAUAUUCACCCACCGUGCGAGACAUCGACUUCAGGGUCCUCCUGCGAUUCCCACAGAAAGUGAAGAACCAAGGAACUGCAGACUUCCUCCCUGUUAAGCCCAAAUAUCAGUGGGACUGGCACAGCUGCCACCAACAUUACCACAGCAUGGAUGCCUUUAGUAACUACGACCUGCUGGACAUGGUGUCGGGACUUAAAGUAGCUGAGGGACAUAAGGCCAGUUUCUGUCUGGAGGACACAGGCUGUGAUCAUGGAUUCAGGCGGCGCUAUGCCUGCACAUCUCAUACUCAGGGACUGAGUCCAGGAUGUCAUGACACUUAUGCUGCCAACAUCGACUGUCAGUGGAUCGACAUCACCGAUGUGCCCCCAGGAAACUACAUCUUACAGGUUACAGUCAAUCCUAAUUUCCUUGUCCUGGAGUCGGACUUCACCAACAACGUUGUACAAUGUGAAAUCAUGUACACAGGAAUUUAUGUUCAGACACGCAACUGUCGAAUAACAAGGGCCUAAAUAUCUUCAUUAUUUGUAAUAUUUGCUGGAGCUUUGAAAAAAAACAUCUCAUGGACG